UACCGCUCCUUUAAAUUCCGCCUUCCCUGCCCUUUCUGAUGAUUUUAUUCAUUGUUUAUUUCUCACUCUGUUUGUCUGUCUCUCUCUCUCAUCUCCGUCGCUCUCUCUCUCUACUCGGAGGAACGGACGGCUGUAGCGGGGAGGACUGCUGGUGGUGGCUCUUUUUACGGCGAGCGUGAGGGGUUUUGCUGACGGUUUUUUCUGAGUUUUCUUGGUGUUUAGAUAUCAUCAUGGUGAGGAAGAGAAGGACUGAACUUCCUGGUGGGGGUGAAAGGGGUGAGAGCUCUGGAACCCCAGAAGGGAGUGGCGGUAGUGGUCGUGGUUCCCAACGUCCUCCUGAAAGGACUACACCAGCACAACAGGGAGGAGCUGGUGGUGGUGGAGCAGCAGGCGGAUAUCAUGGAGGCAGAGGUUGGGCACCUGGUCGAGGAGGAUAUGGUGGGGCCAGGAGUGGAGGAUCUCAACGUGGUGGAAUAGCACCACAGCAGUAUGGUGGUCCUCCUGAAUACCAGGUUAGAGGAAGAGGAGUGUCAUCUUCUCAACAGCCUCCUGCUGCACAGUAUGAAUCUGGUGGCAGGCGGCGUGGUGGUGGUCCUAGCAUGGGGGUUGGUCGUGGGGUAGUAUCUUAUCCUGGCGACCCUUCUGCUAGGUCAUCUGUACCCGAGCUGCACCAAGCAAUACAGUCUCCAUAUCAAGCUGGGGUGACCCUCCCUCAGACUGUGCCAUAUGGGCAACAGGCAGGGUUGCAUUCUGAGGCCAGUUCUUCGAAGCCACCGGAGCAAUCCCAAGUGACACAGCAGUUACAGCAGCUUACUAUCGAACAAGAAGGUGCUCCCAGCCAGGCAGUUCAGCCUCUUCCUUCUAGCAAAUCAAUGAGGUUUCCUCCCCGUCCAGGCAAGGGUAGUACAGGCAUAAGGUGUAUUGUUAAGGCAAACCACUUUUUUGCUGAGUUACCUGACAAGGAUUUGCACCAAUAUGAUGUUUCAAUUUCGCCAGAGGUCACAUCGCGGGGCGUAAACCGUGCUGUAAUGAAUCAGCUAGUGGUAUUGUAUAAGGAUUCUCAUCUUGGAAGACGACUUCCUGCAUAUGAUGGGAGAAAGAGUCUGUACACUGCAGGGCCUCUUCCUUUUGUAUCCAAAGAAUUCAGAAUUACUCUAAUAGAUGAAGAUGAUGGACAGGGCGCAACUAGGAGAGAGAGAGAAUUUAGAGUUGUUAUCAAAUUGGCUGCACGCGCAGACCUACACCAUUUAGAACUGUUUCUGCAGGGGAGACAAGCUGAUGCACCGCAAGAAGCACUUCAGGUUCUCGACAUUGUUCUGCGUGAAUUGCCUACCACUCGGUACUGUCCUGUGGCUCGCUCCUUCUAUUCCCCUGAUCUAGGGAGAAGACAGCCAUUGGGUGAGGGAUUAGAAAGUUGGCGUGGUUUUUAUCAGAGCAUUCGUCCAACUCAGAUGGGGCUUUCGCUCAAUAUUGAUAUGUCAUCCACUGCUUUCAUUGAGCCAUUGCCUGUCAUUGACUUUGUUACCCAGCUUCUGAAUAGGGACGUUUCUGCUAGACCAUUGUCUGAUGCUGACCGUGUGAAGAUCAAGAAGGCUCUUAGAGGAGUCAAGGUUGAAGUUACGCAUCGUGGUAACAUGCGCAGAAAGUAUCGAAUUUCUGGUCUAACUGCACAGGCAACUAGAGAGCUGACUUUUCCAGUUGAUGAAAGAGGAACAAUGAAAUCUGUUGUUGAGUAUUUCCAUGAGACAUAUGGUUUUGUUAUUCGACACACACAGUGGCCCUGUCUUCAAGUGGGAAAUCAGCAGAGACCCAAUUAUUUGCCAAUGGAGGUAUGCAAGAUUGUAGAGGGUCAGAGGUAUUCAAAGAGGUUAAAUGAGAAGCAGAUUACUGCUUUGCUGAAGGUGACAUGUCAACGCCCUCAAGAGAGGGAACUUGAUAUUAUUCAGACUGUUCAUCAUAAUGCUUACCAAGAUGAUCCAUAUGCAAAAGAAUUUGGAAUCAGAAUUAGUGAGAGGCUGGCUUCAGUUGAGGCUCGCAUUCUCCCUGCCCCAAAGCUUAAAUAUCAUGAUACAGGUAGAGAAAAGGAUUGCCUACCUCAGGUCGGUCAGUGGAACAUGAUGAAUAAGAAAAUGGUAAAUGGAGGCACUGUAAACAAUUGGAUCUGCAUAAACUUUUCACGUAAUGUGCAUGAUAACGUGGCACGUGGGUUUUGUUAUGAGCUUGCACAGAUGUGUCACAUUUCUGGCAUGGCAUUUAAUCCUGAAUCAGUACUUCCACCUCUUAGUGUUCGCCCUGAUCAGGUGGAAAGAGCCUUGAAAACUCGGUUUCAUGAUGCCAUGACCAAAUUGCAGCCUCAGGGCAAGGAUCUUGAUCUAUUAAUUGUUAUUCUACCAGACAACAAUGGAUCUCUUUAUGGUGAUUUGAAACGGAUUUGCGAGACAGACCUUGGCUUAGUUUCCCAGUGUUGUUUGACGAAGCAUGUUUUCAAGAUGAGCAAGCAAUAUCUGGCAAAUGUGGCAUUGAAGAUCAAUGUGAAGGUUGGUGGAAGGAACACGGUGCUAGUUGAUGCUUUGUCGAGGAGGAUUCCACUGGUCAGUGAUCGUCCUACAAUCAUUUUUGGUGCUGAUGUUACCCAUCCUCAUCCUGGGGAAGAUUCAAGCCCUUCCAUUGCAGCGGUUGUGGCUUCUCAAGACUGGCCAGAGAUUACAAAGUAUGCUGGUCUGGUUUGUGCUCAAGCUCAUCGCCAAGAACUCAUCCAAGACCUAUUUAAAACUUGGCAAGAUCCUGUUAGAGGAGCUGUGUCUGGUGGCAUGAUCAAGGAACUCCUCAUAUCUUUCCGCAGGGCAACUGGGCAGAAACCACAGCGCAUCAUAUUCUAUAGGGAUGGUGUGAGUGAAGGCCAGUUUUAUCAAGUUUUGUUGUAUGAACUUGAUGCUAUUCGCAAGGCAUGUGCCUCCCUGGAACCAAACUAUCAGCCUCCGGUAACAUUUGUUGUUGUUCAGAAGCGUCAUCACACUAGGUUGUUUGCCAACAACCACUAUGAUAUCAAGUCAGUUGACAGAAGUGGCAAUAUAUUACCUGGUACAGUUGUUGACUCCAAGAUCUGUCACCCUACUGAAUUUGACUUCUAUCUUUGCAGUCAUGCUGGCAUUCAAGGAACAAGCCGGCCAGCUCAUUAUCAUGUACUCUGGGAUGAGAACAAGUUCUCGGCUGAUGAGCUGCAGUCUCUUACGAAUAAUCUUUGCUACACAUAUGCAAGAUGUACACGCUCAGUUUCUAUUGUGCCUCCUGCAUACUAUGCUCAUUUGGCUGCUUUUCGAGCAAGGUUCUAUAUGGAACCCGAGACAUCGGAUAGUGGGUCAAUGACAAGUGGUGCAGCUGCUGGUCGUGUAGGAAUAGGACCUGGAGGUCUGGGUGGUCGUAGCACCCGGCUUCCAGGGGCCAAUGCUGCUGUCAGACCCCUCCCUGCCCUCAAGGAGAAUGUUAAGAGGGUUAUGUUUUACUGCUAGUCGCAGGUGAUCUGCGAAAAACAAUUCUUUGCUUUGGAAAAUGCUAUCCAUCUGUGUGUGCUGUUAUAUAUUAUUGGGUAUUGCUGCAUGUGGUUGCAUCCCGUCUGAUUUGUCAGGCAGUUGUUGGAUUAGACUGCACAAGUGGCUAUACUACAAGAUAAUGUUUGAAACUUAACUAUAUUGAGUCAGUCAACUGCAGGGCCCCUUGAGCCACUCAUGGGUCCAUUGCCUCAAGGUUUGUAUUUAAAGACGCCUAUAAACAUGUUUGUGAUGACCCUUUGGUGGUGGGUUCUUUUAA